GCAUUAAUUCCAGGAUAUGACUGCAAUAUCAAUCAAUUGCUACCUUUCCCAGUGGAAACGGAUACAGUGCGGUGUUAUACGUUUGAUAGGCAUUACAGAUAUUUGGUUCCAAACCAUUCGUUUUGCGAGGUCACAAAAAAUGAAACUGUUUUGCAAUACCACUGUGUCGAUGGCACUUGGAAACUUUCAAAAGGAACAGACUCUCAUCUUCGACCUAAACGAGCUGUUAUCGCAAUAAAAGCAGUCGUUGCAGCUGCAGUUCUAGUGGGAUUAGCAGUAGCAACAGUGAUUUAUUGUGCUGUAAAAUAUAAAACCAUGAAAUGUGAAGAACAAAAAAAACUUGAAGCACCAAAGUACACUGUUUGCCCUCCCCCUGAUAUACAGCCAGUGUAUAUAGCAAACAGAAAGGAAAAGACGGUACAUGUCAAAUGGACAGAUCCUUCUGCAACAGAUGAUCAAUCUGUUGUUUCAAAUGAACAGACACAUGGCUUAAAGAAAGGCGAUCCGUUUCCAGGAUUACCGAACAAAGGGCGAAAUCAUUCUAUUAUUUAUACAGCCAAAGACCAACAUGAACUAAAGGACAUGUGCAGUUUUUCAUUUCAUGUUAAAUACUUGACAUGUAGUGAGCCACCUACUCCCAUGAAUGGACGAAAGGUCUCGUGUCCAGAUGGUUAUAUAUACGGCGGAGAAUGCACGUUUGUAUGUUUUGAUGGAUACGUUAUUGUUGGUAGUAAUAAAACAACAUGCCAGCAGAACGAAACUUGGAAUAACUCACCAACAUGUAAAAAAGUAAAAUGCAACCCUCCAUUUUCUAUUACUAACGGAAUUGUUACGUGUGAUAAAACCAAUACUUUUGAAUUCAAUGAUGACUGUCUGAUCUCAUGUGGUGAUGGAUUUAAAUUGAACGGACCAUCAAAAAUGACAUGUAGGGCGAAUAAAACAUGGUCUGUGGACACCAACAUAGUCAGUUGUGUUGAUGAUGAACCUCCUGUCAUUUCUUGCCACACCUUUCAGACAUUCUACGCUGAUCGUGGUACAUUUAGCACCACUGUAAAAUGGAUUGUUCCAACAGCUACUGACAACAUUGAUUCAAAUCCAGUUAUAUUGCAAACAUCUGGUCCCACACAAGGAGACAUUUUGCCAGAAGGUAUUCAUUCGGUGACAUAUAAAACCACUGACAUUGCUGGUAAUUCCUUUGUAGCACUCUCUGAAUGCACAAUACAGUUAGAAGUUAAAGUAAUUCGAUGUUUCAUUGGCCCGACGGAUUCUUUAAGCAACUCUCGUUUCAUGAUGUACAAUUGCAGCGAUACGUCAUUUUAUUAUGGUGUUUCAUGUACACUUUACUGUGACCUUAAUCUGCCAUUGAAUGGCUCUAACCUAUUAACAUGUGAACGUGAUGGCGUGACUGAUAAAGGGAAAUGGAGAUGGGGACAAGAAUAUCCACAGUUUUGUGAAGUUGUUGAGUGUCCGCCAAUAGACCCGCCCUUAUACGGCAGUUUAACGACUGACUCUAUAAACGCUCGACCUCUUCACGUCAUGUCUUGUCAAAAAGGAUACGAUAUACCGUCUGUGGGAACGCAAUUUCGAGGGAGGCUAUCGUGUCAAGACAGUGGCAAUUGGUAUCCUUUAGACGCUUUUCCUGACUGCAUAGUUUCAUCAUUACCUUGGUUGAAUCUACCUGUAGAACUUUACUAUGACGGAGAUUGCAAUGACAAUAACACAAAAGCUCAGAUAAAAAGACAGGUUUUAGUCUACUUAUCCGGAGUAAAAGCUGAUGUCGAUAAUUCUAUUUGUCCCGACAACAACACGUGCAAAAUAGAUAACUUAAAUGUCUUUUGCGGUAAUACCUCGAGCAGAAAACGGAAAUCUGCAACUUCACACGUUAUCUUCAAACGUAAUGCGUACGGUUUAAUAAGAUUCAAUAUUAUGAAAAAAUGGCAUACAGGGGACAAGUCAAUACAAAAUCCCUACUCCGAUCUUGCUAAUGAUUUGAAUAGUAUAGCAGACAAAAUAGAGAAAGAUGCUCAUGGCGGAGUAAUUGUAAAUGCGAAGGGCUUUACAUUACGAAUUGGCGGCGUGCAUAGGGGUACCUCAGAUUUGUUUUGCGAUCUGGGGUAUAAAGUUGAUACAGGAAGUCUGUCAUGCAAACCUUGUCCACCAGGGUUUUACUUGGACUCUGAAUCGGGGAAUUGUGAGGCUUGUAAGAUAGGGGAAUAUAAUGCCCGUGAAGGGGCCAUCAAAUGCAAUCUUUGUGAAAACGGCUACAGUACUUUAGCAAAGGGUGCCAAAGACAUUCGUAAAUGUAUAAAAUUAUGCAGCCCCGGCUAUUUCUCCAGUACUACAAUGGAGGAAUGUUCAGCUUGUCCAUUUGGCACUUACCAAACGGAAAAGGGUCAAUCUAGAUGUCUCUCAUGUCCUGUUGGUACAACAACUAAUAAAACGAGCAGAACAUCCGCAGAUGAUUGUGUCUACUUUGAUGUGUUCGCAAAUGGUUUAGCUGAAAGGACUAUUAUUGGUUCUUUCACAGCAAAUCAGACACAAGUUUUGACAAUGUCUGUUUGGCUUAAGGCACAUAAUGAGAUACAUAAAAAUACGACAAUCGUCAUUGGUGAUUCCAACGGUGAUAUUAUAAAUCUUCGAGUAGCAAGUGAGAUCUCGAUACAAGUUGAAUCAGGCAACGUUGUUUUGACUAUGGGAAGGUUGUCAUACAAUUACUGGACACACAUUAUUUGUGAAAUUGAUAUAGUCUCUGGCACUUUUCGAUUAUAUGUCGCAGGGUCAUUGGAAGUUGACGAGGUGGGAAUUACAAUUGAACUGUCACGCACAGUGUCUGAUGGCCAGUGUUGCUUGAAUUUAAGUUGCUUGAAUUUCUAUGUUUUUAUUGCAAUGGAAUAUUGUAUCUUUAAAUUUAAAAUUUUUAUUUAUAUAACUUCAGGGUUGUACGUGUCAGGACUAGUCCUUUAUGGCCGUGCACUUACUGAAGAUGACAUUAAGUCAUUGUCACGGACAUGUACAAUUACACACAGCGACGAAGUUUUUUCAAUGUCAGGAAUUUUGCCAAAUGUCAGAAACGGCAUUGCUAUUAUAACAUCAACCGCAUGUGAACCGCUUAAUGCAUGUGCUAACAACCCUUGUGGGAACCACACUUGCGUGAACAUGGUGAACGAGUUCUCUUGCAUUUGUCACGGAGGAAUGACUGGUGCUAUUUGUGAUAUACCACCGGAUUACUGCAUUUACAACCAGUGUGUUCAAGGCGAUUGUCAGUCUGGCAGUGGAAAAUAUAGCUGUUCUUGUUAUAAAGGAUAUAGCGGAGUGUUUUGUGAUAUACCUCCAGUGAAUGGAGGUUGGUCUCAAUGGGGCGAAUGGAGCGGCUGUGGCGUCACUUGUGGCGGCGGUCUUAAUUCCAGAUCAAGGCAUUGUAGCAAUCCACCUCCUUCUCCUUAUGGCAAUGAUUGUAAAGGAAGUGACACAGAAUUGAUUACGUGUAAUGACCAAGCAUGUCAAACUUGUCCAGUGCUUAAAAGUAGAUAUGGUGCAGUAGUUAACUGCCACAAUGUGUCAGCUUUUUUGCAGACAUGUAACAUGACAUGUAUUCCUGGUCGAGCUUUAAGCAAUGGACAAACAAACUUUCUUGAAUAUACAUGUGGUGAUUCAACAGGGCAUAAAUGGCUUCCAACUGAAAAACUCCCAGAAUGUGUUGAGUUAAAUCGACCAAAUGUUUUGGGGACACUAGUAACUGUGGAGUACACACAGCCUAUUUCCGUGUCGGCGCAAAACGAUGUUACUGCGGCAGUUGAGAAUAAUUUAUCUGGAGUUAAUUGUAUUUCUAAUGAAGCAUGUACAGUAACAACAACAGUUUCUACUAGUUACCAAAGUCAUAAUAGAACACCGUCAACAACAUUAAAGGUGUAUUUGUCAGUUAAACUGUCAGAUACAGGCGAUUUAGAUGUGGCAGGUUAUCUUUCUAAUGGAACAGAGGCUUCUGCCAUGCAAGAGUUACUUCAUGCGCUUGGAUCAAUUAACGACGCCAUUGAAUAUAUGCAAAACGACACAGAAUCAAUAUUUCAAGUUUCUGUCAACGGUGUCGAUUAUACACUUGAAAACACUACAUUAGAUUUUGUAGGCACUGUUUCGUGUCCAAAUGGGUACGCAGGUGCGGAUGGCCUAUGUGCACAGUGUCCAGUGGGAACAUAUCUUGUUGACUUCGAGUGUAUAAAUUGCGAAAUUGGAUCGUAUCAACCUUUGACUGGACAGACUGAGUGCUUUUCUUGUCCAUCCGGGAAUACCACAGCCACAUUUGGAUCUUCGGAUAUAUCUGAAUGUUCUGUGAAAAUAUCAAAUGAAACGGAUUCUCAUCAUGAUGAUGACAGUGAUGACGACACAAAACAAGUCGACACGGACAAUUACACAACUGUUACUAUUAUUGUCGUCACCUGUGUAGUUGUUGUUUUAGUAGUACUUAUCGUGGGCAGCUCUUGUCUGAGGAAACACCUUAAAAGGAAACGGUGCAUGACCUAUGAAGUUUCAGGGAAGAUCUCAGACGUAGGUACAUGUAUGAUUCGCUCACUGUCUAGUCAAUCCAACGAUUGUUACGACACGCAUUCGGACGCUAUUCAGUGAAUGAAAGGAUUUUGACAGCCAUUAAUGACAACGUUAUCUAAAUUCUAUUGAUGCAUUUAGUUUUCGACGAAAGAACGAACACGUCCUUAUAAUAGUAUUGACUUACUAAAUUCAUUUAAAAUAUUUUGCAACAAGUAUAUAAUGUGUCUCAUUUUAACAGCGUUUUAUGUUCGAUUAUGGAAAGUUUGGAUUGGACAAAAUCAAAAAGAAAUCACAACAAUUUCUUUUCAAUAAUUUAAGAACAAAAUUCAAAAUAUAAUAUAGUUAAUAAUAUAGAUAAUUAUAUACAUGUAGAAGAUAACAGAUAUGAAAAUAGGCAUGAGUACAUCUGCUUGAUCAUAAUAAGUUUCAUUUAAAAAAUUGUUUUUGUUUUUGUUUACCAUUUAUUUAACAGGUUCAGUUAAGACAUUGGCUUUUUAAUUUGUUCACAAUUCAUAAGUACAGUUUCAGUAAACAGAUUGUUUUAAGAUGAUUUUUUUUGUUCAUAAUAACAGUUCACGUAGGUGAUUGUGUUUUAAUCUUGUUCAUAAUAACAGUUUCACUUAGUUGAUUGUUUUUUUUUUGUUCAUAAUAACAGUUUCACUUAGGUGAUUGUUUAUUUUCUUGUUCGUACUUACAGUUUCACGUAGGUAAUUGUGUUUUUUUCUUGUUCAUAAUAACAGUUUCACUAAGGUGAUUGUUUUUUUUCUUGUUCAACAUUCAUAAUAAUAGUUUCAGUUAAGUGAUUGUUUACUUGUUUUUCUUUUUCAAAAUGUUUUCUUGUGGCUUUUAUGUGUCAGCAUAAAUUAUAUUAAACUGUUGUACUAGGUGACGGAUGAAAAUAAAUUUUGGAAGUAACGUUGAUUUUAAAACAUUUGCCUGCUUAGAGCAAGUACGAUAAGUUGAUUUAAAGGGAUAGUAAUAAAUGAAAAUUGAUGCACAAUAAAUAACUAAAUUUGUAAAAUCCCACUGGAAAUAAUUUCAACUUCUAAUAUAGAUGUUGCUAGAUUAUGUUGGCAAUUUAUAUUUGCUUUUUAAUACAAAGAAAAUGUGGAAAUGAGCUGUGAACAUUUGAUACGCCCGGCUUAAUUAAAACAAGUAGAAGCUUCUGGAAUUGGAGCAUCUUUCUGUAUCUGUAUCUUGCACUAUCCUCCAAAAAUCUUAAAUGACUAAUACCCGUUUGGAGGACUCGCCCAUAUGGACAACCGUUGGCCAGUAUAAAUUAACUCAAAUACGCACACAGUCUGUGCAUUCCGUAUCACAGGUCGCGAUAUUGUCCUGUACAAUCACGUGAUACCGGAAAACAUCCAGGAUGAAAGAUUUUUUUUGUAGUAUAAUGAAAGAAGGUUUCUCUCGUUGGCGGAAAAGCAAAUUGUUUAUUUUCAGAUCAAGAAUGUUAAAAUAUGAACAUUUUGAUUUAAUUUCAUCUUUUUUAAACUAUAUAAUGUUUUAAGGAGAGAUUUGAAAAAUUAGUAGGGCGGUAGUUUUUCUAUUAUCUGAAGGCCUGCUUUUUAAUAUAAUCAGUAUAUAAUAUUUGUAGAUUUGAGCUUGUUUACCUCUUAAAUAGAAUAAGUAUACCAUUUCAGCGUGUUUACCUCUUUAAUGGAAUUAGAAUAUAUUACAUUUAAAUAUAAUGUUUCAGCUUGUUUACUUCUUUAUUGAAAUAAGAAAACAUUGCUUUUAGAUAUAUUUUUCAGCUUGUUUACUGUUUUAAUGGAAUUAGAAUAUACUAGUAUUAAUUUUAGAUAUUAUGUUUUAAGCUUGUUUACAUCUAUUCAACAAUAAGAAUAUAUUACUGUUCGAUAUACUUAGUAGUGUUUUAGCUUGUUUACAAUUUAUUGUAUAUAAAUAGAACUAUAAGUUGUAGAUUCCUUUAAAAAUUUCUUAUUAAAUAUGUCGAGCUUAAUGUAUAUUGUAUUGCUUUAUUAAAAUUCAGAUCAGAA